AUGACCGACGAAAUUGACUACACCGUUAUCAGCCCUGAUAAGAAAUGGCAAAUGCUCCGUUCGCAGUGGCAAUUCGCUCUCUGGGCCCUCUGGGUAUCCAGUGGUGUGAUGAUGCAGGGGUUCGACAUUGUCGCGGGGGGUCAAUUGGCGGCACUGCCCACAUUCCAGAAGCAAUUUGGCAUCCUUGAGCCGUCGGGAGACUACAUAAUCCCGGCGCAUUACCUUUCAGCUUGGAACUCGAUUGCCCCAGCAUGUGAGGUUGUAUCCACCUUUGUUAUUGUUCCCUUGCUGGAGAAGUUUGGGCGUAAGCCGGGAAUCCUGGUGGCAAUGAUGAUAUCCGUUGCCGGAGUGCUUCUACAACAGUUGGCGACGGAUUGGCGAAUGCACCUUGCCGGCAGAGGCGUCAAUGGAAUUGCCAUUGGCACGAUGUUUACCAUCUCACCCCUCUGGAUUGGAGAGACGUGUCGACCAGAGCUACGAGGUUUCUUCUUGUGCUUCUUCAAUACUAGUAUUGUGUUUGGGCAGUUUGCCAUUGUUGUAGUAUCAAAGGGAGGAAGCAAUAUCGACGGAAAAUGGCAAUGGUGGCUCCCAGUGGUAGCCAUGUAUAUCUUCCCACUCAUUCUUACAGCAGGCUGGUUCUUCUUCCCCGAGUCUCCAUACUGGCUCGUCAGAUGUGGAAAAUCAGCUCAAGCAAAGAAGGAAUUAAAGAAAGUCUACGGUUUCAAGAAUGACGCUUUCUACGACAUUGAAAUUCGACGAAUGGAGGAAGAAAUUCGCAUUGCAACCGAGAUUCAAAAUUCAUCAGACACACCUACGCACAGUUUUUUGGGAAUUGACUUGUCAACAGAGUUUGAGUGCUUUGGAGCCAAGAACCGCAAAAGGACCUUUACCGCUAUCUUUGCUGCCAGUGGCCAGCAAAUGAUUGGUGCUACAUUCGUAAUCGGCUACGCGACCUAUUUUCUGCAAUUGAUCCAUGUGAAAGAUUAUUUCGAUGCAUCGGUGGUUCUUUAUAUCGUCAUGCUUCUGUCUAGUAUUGCAGCUUUCCCUCUGACGGAGAUUUUAGGGCGUCGGACCCUGAUUGUCUGGCCACAAUUCGCUUUGUGCUUUAUGCUCCUGGUCAUAGGGAUUCUGGGAUGUGUCCCAGACCAAACAAAAGCCAGUUGGGGCAUUCUAGUUUUCAUUUACCUGUGGGCAAUCAUUUUUCAGCUAUCCAUUGGAGCGACUGGAUUUGUUUUAGCGUCGGAAAUUGCUACCAUGCGCCUUCGCGGUGCAACUCAGGGACUAGUCACUAUCACCAAUGCGGUCUGGGGGCUGAUCAUGCAGUUUACCAUUCCAUAUAUGAUCAAUCCCGAUGCAGGAAGUCUGGGUGGGAAGGUCGGCUUCAUCUUUUUGGGGACGGGGCUUAUUGCUGCAGUUGGCGGAUGGUUCUUAUAUCCGGAAACAAAGAGUUAA